GGGAGACAGAGGAAUGGGGCUUGCCUUCUGGAGUCGCGGCGUUGACUUUGCUAGAAAGCUCCCUGCGCCCUCGGCGUGGCGGGGGAAGUGACUGGCGAAGCAGAAUCGGCGGCGACUCCGACGGCCGCGGACGUGUGGCACGCUCCCACAGCCCGCCCGGGCCCCUCUCCUAGCUGGGCUGUAGGCUCACACCUUAGCUUUGAAGAGACGCUCUCCCAGUCCCCACCCGCUCGGCUUUUCUUGUCCAGCCUUUCUGGGCUCUCACAUUGAGGCUGUGAUAGCCCUUGUGUUUCAAACGAAGGUCGAUUUAUUUCCCUAAAACUCUUGGAAGGGGUACAAGUUGGUGGACACCGAGGAGUAUCGAAAGUAUUAGAGUUUGCAGAAGGUGGGAAUCAGAGUACCUUCCUGCAGAAGGCGCACCUGUUGCCUGCUGCUCGGCUGCAUUGUCUGUGAAAGGAAAAGGGGCGACGCUUCACUCUGACUUUUGGGGUUUCUAAAGAGCUGGGUCACAGUCGGUCUACCCUUUUUCCUUCCUCUCCCCCUCCAUGCACCACGUCCUCAAUCGAACGUGGGCACUACAUGGAAAGAAGGAAACAGAAAAAUAGGCCCUACCCCCACUCCCAUUCCCUUUCAGAUGGCAGUGUGGGGGGUGGGAGGAGGGGUAGGGGAGAGAGAGGGAGAGAGAGAGAGAGAGAGAGAGAGAGAGAAUGAAUAUAUGCCAGAAGAGGAGGCGGCCUGGGACAGGAAAAGGGAGUAAAGGGAUGAACCACGUAGGGAAAUCCCACCCGAACUGCUUGAGCCCCCUGAGCGUCUCGUGUCAUGGGACAUCUGUAUGCUCUUCCGCUUAAGGGGGUGACGAGGGUAGGUAGAAGUUAGGGCGCUGCAAGGCACCUCCCGUCCCGUGCGGCUCCAGGUGCGGGAUACCUGGUCCACGCCGGCGUUCCCUUCCGCCCGGGCUUUUGUUGCGCCCUCCCACCUGUGCGCUGCCGAGCCGCAGCGAGGGCUCGGGGGCUUCGGGGAAAGUGAAGUGUCGCGGCGCUGCGGACUGCACAGACCUGGGAGAGGUCACACCUCUCUCGGGAAAAAAAAAAAAAAAAAUCCACCAAAAACCACCCAAGCUGGCUACCAAGGUGAACGCAGUGCGGUUCCCACCUUAAAAUCGGCCCUAUUCGUGACGUCAGGUCGGAAAUAUACCAAAGCGAGCGCGGGCCAGGAGUCCAGGGAGCUCGGCGGCGCGGCGAUUGGGCAACGGGCCGCUGACGCGCGCUGACGCGCGGAGACUUUAGGUGCAUGUUGGCAGCGGCAGCGCGAGCCACAUAAACAAAGGCACAUUGGCGGCCAGGGCCAGUCCGCCCGGCGGCUCGCGCACAGCUCCGCGGUCCCUUUUGCCUGCCCAGCCGGCCGCCUGUCCCUGCUCCCUCCCUGCGUGAGGUGUCUGGGCUCCCUUCGCCCUUCUCGCCGUCUCCUCCCCGACCCCGGCGCCCAGGCUCCCAGAGGGAACUGCACUUCGGCAGAGUUGAAUGAAUGAAGAGAGACGCGGAGAACUCCUAAGUGAGGAGGAGAUUGGACAGACUGGACUCCCCAUUGCUUUUCUAAAAAUCUUGGAAACUUUGUCCUUCAUUGAAUUACGACACUGUCCACCUUUAAUUUCCUCGAAAACGCCUGUAACUCGGCUGAAGCCAUGCCUUGUGUUCAGGCGCAGUAUGGGUCCUCGCCUCAAGGAGCCAGCCCCGCUUCUCAGAGCUACAGUUACCACUCUUCGGGAGAAUACAGCUCCGAUUUCUUAACUCCAGAGUUUGUCAAGUUUAGCAUGGACCUCACCAACACUGAAAUCACUGCCACCACUUCUCUCCCCAGCUUCAGUACCUUUAUGGACAACUACAGCACAGGCUACGACGUCAAGCCACCUUGCUUGUACCAAAUGCCCCUGUCCGGACAGCAGUCCUCCAUUAAGGUAGAAGACAUUCAGAUGCACAACUACCAGCAACACAGCCACCUGCCCCCCCAGUCUGAAGAGAUGAUGCCGCACUCCGGGUCGGUUUACUACAAGCCCUCCUCGCCCCCGACGCCCACCACCCCGGGCUUCCAGGUGCAGCACAGCCCCAUGUGGGACGACCCGGGGUCUCUUCACAACUUCCACCAGAACUAUGUGGCCACUACGCACAUGAUCGAGCAGAGGAAAACGCCAGUCUCCCGCCUCUCCCUCUUCUCCUUUAAGCAGUCGCCUCCUGGCACUCCGGUGUCUAGUUGCCAGAUGCGCUUCGACGGGCCUCUUCACGUCCCCAUGAACCCGGAGCCUGCCGGCAGCCACCACGUGGUGGAUGGGCAGACCUUCGCCGUGCCCAACCCCAUUCGCAAGCCCGCGUCCAUGGGCUUCCCGGGCCUGCAGAUCGGCCACGCGUCGCAGCUGCUCGACACGCAGGUGCCCUCGCCGCCGUCGCGGGGCUCACCCUCCAACGAGGGGCUGUGCGCUGUGUGUGGCGACAACGCGGCCUGCCAACACUAUGGCGUUCGCACCUGUGAGGGCUGCAAAGGCUUCUUUAAGCGCACAGUGCAAAAAAAUGCAAAAUACGUGUGUUUAGCAAAUAAAAACUGCCCAGUGGACAAGCGGCGCCGGAAUCGCUGUCAGUACUGUCGAUUUCAGAAGUGCCUGGCUGUUGGGAUGGUCAAAGAAGUGGUUCGCACAGACAGUUUAAAAGGCCGGAGAGGUCGUUUGCCCUCGAAACCGAAGAGCCCACAGGAGCCCUCUCCCCCUUCGCCCCCGGUGAGUCUGAUCAGUGCCCUCGUCAGGGCCCAUGUCGACUCCAACCCGGCUAUGACCAGCCUGGACUAUUCCAGGUUCCAGGCGAACCCUGACUAUCAGAUGAGUGGAGAUGACACCCAGCAUAUCCAGCAAUUCUAUGAUCUCCUGACUGGCUCCAUGGAGAUCAUCCGGGGCUGGGCGGAGAAGAUCCCUGGCUUCGCAGACUUACCCAAAGCCGACCAGGACCUGCUUUUUGAAUCAGCUUUCUUAGAACUGUUUGUCCUUCGAUUAGCAUACAGGUCCAACCCAGUGGAGGGUAAACUCAUCUUUUGCAAUGGGGUGGUCUUGCACAGGUUGCAAUGCGUUCGUGGCUUUGGGGAAUGGAUUGAUUCCAUUGUUGAAUUCUCCUCCAACUUGCAGAAUAUGAACAUCGACAUUUCUGCCUUCUCCUGCAUUGCUGCCCUGGCUAUGGUCACAGAGAGACACGGGCUCAAGGAACCCAAGAGAGUGGAAGAACUGCAAAACAAGAUUGUAAAUUGUCUCAAAGACCAUGUGACUUUCAACAAUGGGGGGUUGAACCGCCCCAAUUAUUUGUCCAAACUGUUGGGGAAGCUCCCAGAACUUCGUACCCUUUGCACACAGGGGCUACAGCGCAUUUUCUACCUGAAAUUGGAAGACUUGGUGCCACCGCCAGCAAUAAUUGACAAACUUUUCCUGGACACUUUACCUUUCUAAGACCUCCUCCCAUGCACUUCAAAAGAACUGGAAAGAUAACGGAAACUGUCCAGAGGGGGCAAGUCACAUGGGCAGAGGUAGCCCUGUGAGCUGUCUCAGCUCAAGCUGUCCCCCAUUUCUGUAACCCUCCCAGACCUUUGAUCCCUAAAGAAAACAAACAAACAAAAACUGUUGCUAUUUCCUAACCUGCAGGCAGAACCUGAAAGGGCAUUUUGGCUCCGGGGCAUCCUGGAUUUAGAACAUGGACUACACACAAUACAGUGGUAUAAACUUUUUAUUAUCAGUUUAAAAAUCAGUUUAUUGUUCAGAAGAAAGAUUGCUAUAAUGUAUGAUGGGAAAUGUUUGGCCAUGCUUGGUUGUUGCAGUUCAGACAAAUGUAACACACACACACACACACACACACACACACACACACACAAUCUUAAGGGGACCCACAACUAUUGCCCUUUAACAAGACUUCAAAGUUUUCUGCUGUAAAGAAAGCUGUAAUAUAUAGUAAAACUAAAUGUUGCGUGGGUGGCAUGAGUUGAAGAAGGCAAAGGCUUGUAAAUUUACCCAUUGCAGUUUGGCUUUUUAAAUUAUUUUGUGCCUAUUUAUGAAUAAAUAUUACAAAUUCUAAAAGAUAAGUGUGUUUGCAAAAAAAAAAGAAAAUACAUAAAAAAGGGACAAGCAUGUUGAUUCUAGGUUGAAAAUGUUAUAGGCACUUGCUAUUUCAGUAAUGUCUAUAUUAUAUAAAUAGUAUUUCAGACACUAUGUAGUCUGUUAGAUUUUAUAAAGAUUGGUAGUUAUCUGAGCUUAAACAUUUUCUCAAUUGUAAAAUAGGUGGGCACAAGUAUUACACAUCAGAAAAUCCUGACAAAAGGGACACAUAGUGUUUGUAACACCGUCCAACAUUCCUUGUUUGUAAGUGUUGUAUGUACCGUUGAUGUUGAUAAAAAGAAAGUUUAUAUCUUGAUUAUUUUGUUGUCUUAAGCUAAACAAAACUUGCAUGCAGCAGCUUUUGACUGUUUCCAGAGUGCUUAUAAUAUACAUAACUCCCUGGAAAUUACUGAGCACUUUGAAUUUUUUUUAUGUCUAAAAUUGUCAGUUAAUUUAUUAUUUUAUGUUUGAGUAAGAAUUUUAAUACUGCCAUAUUCUGUAGUUUUUCUUUGUAUAUUUCUAGUAUGGCAUAUGAUAUGAGUCACUGCCUUUUUUUCUAUGGUGUAUGACAGUUAGAGACGCUGAUUUUUUUUUUUUCUGAUAAAUUCUUUCUUUGAGAAAGACAAUUUUAAUGUUUACAACAAUAAACCAUGUAAAUGAACAGAA